AUGGCUGGAGGGCGAAUGAAAUACCGCCAUCUCGGCCGCUCAUCCGCACAUAGACAAGCUCUCCUUCGAAACCUCGUAACCUCUCUCAUCGAACACGAAUCGAUAUCGACGACAUGGCCUAAAGCAAAGGAGGCGCAACGCCUGGCGGAGAAGCUUAUCACGCUGGGGAAGAAGAACACAGAAGCGAGUAAGAGGAGAGCGUUUAGUGUAUUCUAUACACCGCAUAAAUUGAUGCCAAAGCUGUUCGGCUCGCUUCGAGAACGAUAUUCUGAGAGACCUGGCGGAUACACACGUAUUCUACGUGUCGAGCCCCUCAAGCCUGACAUGGCACCUUCAGCGAUUUUAGAACUCGUCGAUGGUCCUAAGGAUAUGCGCUUUGCGAUGACAGCGAGGACGAUAGUGCGGGAAAGGGGCCAGGGAAGGCCUGUUGGCGAGAUCACGGCGAAGAAUAUUGAUAAGGUUACACGGUUUAGGCCGGGUGGGGAGGCGGAAUUGGAGGAUAUGGUAGAGCAGAUGUCUGAUUUGGAGGUUGGGGAUAGAAAUAAUGCUGCGAGUGAGGAGAGAAGAUGGGGUGGGACUGUAUAA